AAAUGCAAGCCGCGUUAGGUGACACGGUCGGGGUUUUCUUAAUUCGUUUAGCCACAUGGUGACUGGGUCACUGGUGCAGCUUGCAAGCAUAUGCGCUCCAUUCAUCCUGAUCUGGAUCUAUUUAUUUUCCUUUGGUCAAUGCUUUUGCUUGCUUAGCAUAUGCGAGAGCCUCCAUUCAUCCAGAUCUGGAUCUAUGUAUUUCACUUUGAUUGGUCAACGCUUUAGCUUGCUUAGCAUGAUCUAGGAAGACCAAGAGCAACAGGCGCCGCUUCCUCUCCUUCGAUCUCCAGGGUUAGUAAGAUCGAUGCUGCUUCCCUUAAUCCCUUCUGUGCUGAUUUCGGUUCUCGGAGCUCCAGCCAGGCAGCUAGUGAGCAAGGACGGAAGGAACAAGAGAAAAGGAAGCAAAUCUUAUUUGCCGGGAUGCAGGACGGUUACUGGGGAGUGGACGGAUUCGAGUUCGAGAGAAAGGAGUUAAAUGCGCUAGAAUACGUCAUCUAUAAUCGAAGGGCAGAGCCAAUAAAUCUGACGCUUCGGCUUCUGAAGCGCAUAACCAAUAAUUUCGAUACUGCAAGAGAAAUUGGUAGAGGAGCAUUUGCCGUGGUUUACCUGGGGGUGCUUCCAAGUGGUUUGCGUAUAGCUGUCAAGAAGCUUUUUCAGAGUUAUACCAUUGAGGAAGGUCGAUUCCAAGAUGAAGUUUCGAACACAUUGAAGGUUGUUCACAAAAACAUUGUGCGGCUCAUAGGCUACUGUAGUCACACGGAAGCUAAAGCCGUGCAUUACGAUGGGAGAACAGUUUUUGCAGAGGUCAGAGAAAGAUUGAUCUGUAUGGAGUAUGUUCCUAACCGAGCACUUGACAUGCAUAUCACUGAUAUAUUUCAUGGACUUGAUUGGAAUCAGCGUUUUCAAAUACUUAAAGGAAUUUGUCAGGGCUUGCAUUAUCUCCAUGAGGAAGCUCGCAUUAUUCACGGAGAUAUCAAACCAGCAAAUAUAAUGCUAGAGGAUGACCUCGUGCCAAAAAUUGGUGAUUUUGGUUCCUCUAGGUCCUUUAGUGGAGGUGACGGAGGAUCUGCAAGCCCUAGCAGAAACUUUCAGGGAACAACGGGGUAUAUGGCGCCGGAGGCUUUUGAUGGAGCAAUUUCAACAAAGUCUGACAUAUUUAGCUUGGGCGUCACGAUGAUGUGGUUAUUGAUUGGUUUGAAAUGGAGCAAACACCGCGGUGUUGAGAAAGAACUGCAACGUUUGAGGAAAAGAUUGUUACAAGAAGGAGUGUAUUCAUCAUGGGGAAGCAAAUACCAACAAGUUAGAACAUGUCUGGAUAUUGGGUUUAAAUGCAUGGACGCCGACCCAGAUAAAAGGCCUAAUGUAUGGGAAAUUAUCAAGAGGCUUCACGAGACCGAAAGUCUGAACAAUUCUGCUACCAGUGGCCAUGGAACUCCAAUUUGGCAGUCAGGAGAUGAGGAAUCCGAUUCAUCAGAUACAGAUGCUUUUGACGAAGAUGAAGCACCAUCAGAUGACUUUUGUUCAAGUGACGAGGAACAUGCCUCAACAGAAACGGAUGGAGGAACAAACAUGCAGGACCAUGAUAAACUAGAGCUAGUAACUAAAAUGUCGGCGACAAUGGUGGAAUUGUCAUCGCUAGAUUUUCUGGAGAAAACAACAGAUAAUUUUUCACAUGAACGAAUAGUUGCUUCUGGAGAGGUUCAUAAGGCAUUUGUGUAUAAGGGCAACAUUUCAGGUCUAACAGUGCUAGCUGUGAAGAGAUAUAUUGAUGUAGAAAUUCCAGUUGAAAAGUUUGAGAGGGAGGCGAAACUAUUCAAGAGUCUAAAUCACAAGAAUAUAGUAAAGCUUGUCGGUUACUACUAUGGUGCAUCUAGGUCAGGACAUAAGUUGGUACAGUAUAAAGAAAAAGUACUGUCACAAAACUAUGGAAGUGAACCUGAACAACUGCUCUGCUAUGAAUAUAUGCCCAACGGAAGCCUUCGCAACUACCUUAUUGGUCAAGGAUCUCAAGUUGAUUGGCACAUGCGCUACAAAAUUAUCAAGGGGACCUGUGAUGGUUUACAUUACUUGCACGAGGGUCGAGAGAAUUGUCCAGUUGUCCACUUGAAUCUAAGCCCGUCAAAUGUGUUUCUGGACGAAAACUAUGCACCACGGAUCACCGGCUUUGAUUUUGCGAAGCUCAUUGGUGAAAAGAACACCAAAUCCUUCUAUGUAACGAAGAACAGACCAUUAGGAUACCAACCACCGGAUUUCGAGUACUCCAAGGGGACUAACCUCAAAUAUCUUGCUACGGUGGACAUAUACAGCCUGGGUCUUAUGAUUUUAGAGGUCGCAACACGGCAAGAGAAAGCCGACCUUAGAACACUUGUUGAUAGUGUAAAGAACAAAUGGAGGGAAGAGUCACAAAUAGCAUCUCUGUAUACCCCCGCGCUGGAAGGUGAUAUCGUGCGUCAAGCAAAACUGUGCAUUGAUAUUGGCUUACAUUGUGUGAAGUCAAAGCCUGAGGAGAGACCUACAACUGGGGACAUCAUCCGAUGGCUUAACCAAGGUAGCAAACGGGUCCAUAAUGCAGGAGUACCCAAACCUCCAGUCGGUACUAAUAUGACCCAUGUAUAUGACCACAUCCAAGGAAAAGAGAGGAAGCCGCUAUUCAGGAAACUGCUCAGGAGGAAGUAAUAUUGUUUACUAGUUUGUAAAGGCAUUCUCCAGUGCUGCAAUCCCUUCUGUUUGAACGAUGUAUAUUGAAGUAACUUUGCUUUUGGAUGUUGUCAUUUCUAAAGAUGGCAUCCACAGGCUAUGCGUAAGGGUGGAGUUUCUCCAUACCCUUACGGGUCUCAUUUGAGCUUACCUGUUAUCCAUAACCGUCAACUGGUACAAUAUUUCCCGUA